CACUUAGUCGAUCGGGCCUAUUCUCAACCCCUACAUACCACUAACUGCCAGUCUUGUCUUUGUACUCUACAAGAUGAUGCUAUAGCUCGUUGUUUUCCUCCUGCAAAUUAAACUAAUAUGAUUAUGGUUUUUCCGUAAAGGUUAGCUUAGCAAGGUUUUUAUAAAUUAGGAUAAAUAUAAGUUUAUUUCCAAUAAAAAUUCAUUUUUUAAAUCUAGACUGUAAAUUGAAUCAAAUCAUUCCCAUUGCAUUUUAAAACUUGUGGGAUACUUACAGAAAUAUUUGCUAUUUCCCAAAACAUUCACCGUGAAGAGGAAGAGAAAAUCACAGAAAUAACCACCUAAUAAAAAUUGAUCAUAAGACCCAAAAGAGAAACAAAACUGGACCAUUAUCAAUGUCUUCGCAUUCCAAAUUCUUCUCAUCUUUCAAACAGGUUGAAAACAGGAUAAAAUUAGAGAACACAUCAUCAAAAACAUCAGAAACACAGGUUCAAGAAAGCAAUGUUUUAUCAACAUUGGGUUCACCUUUGUUUCUCCAACCAAGUUGCAGCCAAACAUGUCCAUCCCAACAAAGCAGUGAACCUCCUCAGCAGUUCCUCUCGAUUUCUCAAGGAUUCUCACUGACCCAUCAAAACCCUACUCAAACUACUCCUUCAGAUGAAAUCACAAUUGCAAAUGAAGCUCGAGAAGAUGUUGAUGAGAUUGAAGAGUUAAUGAUGCUACUAGGAAUGUCAGAGAAACAAAGGGGUGGUUUUGAUUUUGAGGGUGAUGAUGGUGAUUGUGAUUCUUGUCACUGUGAAGGUGGGUUUCAUUCAAAGAUUGUUGGUGUGGAAGGGCCCAAGUGUAAGAAAGAGGUGUUGAGGUUAGAUGGGUGGAUCAAGCAUUUUCUGAAUGGUGAUCAUGGGGUGGAAAAGAAAGAGCCUUUGAGAUUGGCACAUUUGCUUUUAGGCAAAGCUGCUUUUAUUUCCGAGGGUGGUUUUGGAGGCUUGGAUUUCCCUUCAACUAUUCAAGAGUUUCUUCAUACUGAUCCUCCCAGUAAUUGAAGCACUUGCAAAUGUAAUAAACUUGUUUGUCCAAUUUAUAUGAACAGUCGCAUACUGACUUGUUUUAAUGCAUAUUUGGAGUCACUUUUGGGAGAGGCAAAACUGAUAUUGAAGACUUAACAUUCAUUUUGGUAUGUUCUGA